AUGAAUAAUUCUCGAAAAUUUCAAAAUGAAGAAAAUCAAUCAUCAUUUGAUAACAAGGUAAAAGCUCCUCAAAUUUUGAAACAACAAGUGUGUAUGUUAGAACGUUAUAUGUUUGUUGAAAAUGAAAAACUUCAAGGAUUAAUUGCUUAUCAACACAAUAAUUCCAUAAUUGAUUUAUCUUGUCAAAAUUUAACUGAUUAUGAUAUGGGAAUUAUUAUUCAACAUGCUGUUGUUGGAAAAAAAUGUCAAGGUCUUAAUUUAUGGGGAAAUCAAUUUACACAUGAAAGUAUUUCAAUUCUUGCUGAUAUAUUAGAGAAAAAUAAAGCAUUAAAAGAAUUGGAUCUUUCAUAUAAUCAUAUAUCGGAUACAGGUGUUAAAAUAAUAUCCGAACUUCUUUCAUCAAAUACUUGUGAACUUCAAGAUAUUGAUCUUUCACACAAUGGUAUUACAGACAAAGGUACUAUCUAUUUAGCUAAUAUGCUUAAGAAAAAUCAAACAUUAAAAGCAUUAGUAUUGAAUAAUAAUGAUAUAACUGACAAUGGAUUGAAACGAUUAGUUGAUGUACUUGCUAAAGAUAAUACUAAAUUGACACAAUUAAAACUUGAAUCAAAUCCACGUAUAACACAUAUUGGUGUUGAUUAUAUAUUUCGUUCAUUAAAAAAUAAUAAAAAUUUAGAAGAAUUUUACGUAAGAAAUUGCAGUGUUUUGGGUCAAGAUUUACAGAUGUUACAAGAAAAGGCGAUUACAUUUGGAAUUUAUGUUUUUAUAUAAUAAGAUAUAUUUAAUGACUAAAUCGAUUAUUUAUUUAUUUUUUAUUACUUUUUUUGUGAAAUAAAUUAAUAAAUUAUUCAGGAAAACGGAUAAUAAUAUCUAUUUUCUUUUCUUUUUUUUUUUUUUAUAAAUUUUUCACUUAGAUCUUAUCUUAUUUACAGUAAAUGUUACAUCGACAACCUAUACCCGGGUGGGCAAAGAACGAGUAAAAAGACUAUUUAUGACAACACGCUUUGUCUAGUCUUGUUCUCAAAAAGUCCUAGCACGUGGCUAGUCCGAAAUCAUUUAUCGUCCAUAGUGUACGACCUGACUACUUAAUUGACGGACGUCAUUUUGUUUGUUAUGUCUAGUCUUUUGUAAGAAAAAGACUAGACAUGUUGUACUGUCCUUGACAUCUGUCCAACAACAUUUGUAAAUAAUAAAAAAAAGUGAGGGCAUCCACGACGUUGCAUACGACGAGUUUCAGUCUUAUGUACUGAUCUGGUUCGGAAUAGUCUAAAUUGAAAUAUGUAUGGAUGAAAGUUAGAUUCGAACAUGCAUACAAUAUAUUACUUACCUAUCGUUUAGCCGAUUGAAUUAUACGAUCAAGUGAUCAAC